CGUGGCUUGAAUCGGACCUCCUUCCGUACCUAAACUGAAGACAAGUCACUUGCGGCAGUUGCGCUGUGACAAGGCAUUCGGCAGUUUCCAUGGCAAGCGUAGACCUAAUACGCUUUGAAAAGCGAGGACGCUGCAUUAUCAAAUGAGCCUCGAGCCUCAUUUCCAUCUCCCGUGGAGUCCUCUGAAGAAUAUUAUUUCAAUCGUUCACGCAUUAUUAGUAUAUUACCGAUGAGCCAGUGACCAUUUUCAAGUAAGUAGUAAAUAGCCUUGAUACGUCGUAGUAAGUGUUCCACUUGCCAGACCGUUGAACCUCUUGACCUGCGGAGGCUGCUUCUAUUGACUGGCUACUCAGCGUACAACGUGUACGGUCCUUGAGAGAGACGUCCUCUUGGGAAAACAUCUUGCCAGUGCACUAUGUGCAUUCUCUAGACGGUCAGCUGGCUAGCGCACUUGUGAGGCGGCGGAGCUGCCAAGAUCAGUUGCUCCCGGGAGCAGCGACGGCUGAUGACGCUCUUGUGCUGGGAGAAAGGAACGAUUCGCCGGCCUGUGAUCACUUGCACAACGAUCCGCUCCCUUGUUUAGCUGCCCCGCUGGGGUGAAAUAGUUGAGGCAGUGAAGCGUCAACGCCUGCAUCAAUACCAGUCGCUCUACCUUGUCGUCAAGUCGGGUUGUGCUGUGGUACCACUGUUACAGCUUUCACCUACACCGCCUAUUUUCUGUGUAGAUAGAUGUAAUCCCAGUGGAAGAAUUGUUCACUUCUCUCCAUCAGGAAUUACCUGCAUGCAGCUACUGGAUCCGCGUGAAAACACCUAGAAACUACGGAAGUUCCUCACGUGUUCCAGAAAUAGUUUGUAACACGCUGAGACAUAGUACACGGCUAUUGUAUUACUACUAGUUUGCACGGCAGUGAGAAGCUGAGCAGUCGUAUUAUUUGUGCGGAACAGGUCUGUGUGUAGUGGUCACGACUGUGUCGUCCACCUACAUGUAAGUAGUUCACAGUACUGAGUCUUAUUUCGCCUUCCGGGGAGAAUAGUAAUUCGCCAUUAGUACUCCGCACUAAUAUCAAGCCCUCGUGAUUUCCAGCCAAGGAAAGAGAUUUUGACCAACGACUUACGUACAACGCAGGAGAGGAGCGCUGUCGUUUUCACCGAUUAGUGCGCUAUGGAAGGCGACUACUUGCGCCACACUAAACUGUUCGCCGUGGCGUUGAUUGCGCUGAUGCUGUGCAGCCGCUCGGAAGGAUUCGUACCCAGAGAUUCAUGGAAGGACUGGGGAAUUGGAUUGCAGGGUAUAGGUGGGAGAUGUGGACGACCGCCGCAACCACCCGAGAGUCGCGUAACACUGGAAUCUGUGAACGGUGCCACCAUCGCAAAAUACCACUGCUAUGGCGAUCGAUACAUUCACGGGCCAAGCGAGCUGCGCUGCAACCAGCGGAUCGGUAUCUGGAUGCCGGUUGGAAGAUAUUACGGACAUGGUCCUGUGUGCUCAGUGUGCCCAAGCGGGUGGCUUGGUCAGCAGAACAAUUGCUAUCGAGUAAUCGUCACAUCUCUCUCCCAAGAAGCGAGGAUGUGGCGCGUCGAUUGGCUGGCGGCAAGGAGUGCGUGUGCACAGAGCAACAACGCUACUCUGGCCGAAAUACCCAAUGCUGAGACGGAACAACUGUUUGAACGACUGAUCGGCGGAACGUUUGCCGGAACACCAUACGUUGUGGAUCAGUAUGGCAACCGGGUUCCGAGGCACACUGCGUUCCGCGGCGCUUGGGUUGGCUUAUCGGACAUCGGAACACCUGGAAUAAUGACGUGGUCUUUCAGCAACCGCACUUGGACCCAGGUUGGAUUUGCACCAUCUGGAUUGCCCUUGACCACACCAGCACUGACUAGUCCAAACUCUAGAUCCUACUGUCUUCGAUUGCGUUCGGUUGUCGGCAAUACUGGAUGGGACAUUGCGGACUGCGGGGCCUUCCUCUCCGCUGCCAUCUGUCAGCAGCAGGGCUAUGUGACUUGCGGAGAUCCAAUCACUCCGGCGAACGGAGACAGCACUCUGUCCAACCGUAAACAAACGGCCAGUUUUGCAUGCAAACUCGGCUAUCGUAUGCUUGGACCAGCGGAGUACAGCUGCGACACCCGAACUGCACGUUGGAUGGCCGAUGGCCAAGAGGUGGUGACCAACACCACCAUGUGUGUCGCUGUAACCUGUCCUGCUCCCAAUAUCAGUGAAUUCCAUCUUCACCAGGUGGCACCCAGGCAGGAGGAGACAUACCUUUUUGGUACUCGCCUGCAUUUUACGUGCAAGUCACACCUGUAUGAACCUGACGGCAGUUCCCAGGGCAACCACAGUGUCGAGUGUUUACCAAGCGGACGCUGGUCUGAGAUGGUACAGCCUUGCAAGAAGACGACAUGCACGUUGAACCUUGGCCAUGGCCACCAUGUCAACAGUACCAAACUGUCACCAAACACCAAGUACGCUCUCUACGACAGCGUGACGUUUCGCUGUCGCUCGGGUUACUACUUGGACAAGGGAUCGCGGCAGCUGCCCCUGACCAUUCAUUGCGUUGCCGAGAAUACGUGGUCCAGCCAGCCAAUCACCUGCAAACGCUGUAAAUGCGUCGAGGAUGAGCACGCGACCCACUGCAACUGGAUGACGGGAGAGUGCCUGUGCAAGGAGGGCAACUUAGUCGAGGGCAAAGAUUGCAACUUAUGCAAGGCAAAUACUUACCGCAGUGAUGAUGACGAGCCAUGCUUAGACUGUGCGUGCAACUUGGCUGGUGUCAAGACGGUUGCCGGGGGCAACCCGUCGAAAUGCAAUGCUAGUACGGGGCAGUGUGACUGCAAAUGCGGCUGCACGGGACGAGCCUGCGACGUUUGCAAUCUUGUAUGCCCAGCCGAAGACAACUACACACGAAAUCUCACCGUACGUGGAACGCUGGACUGGCCGCAAGCCAACCCUGGCGACACGGUCACACGUGAGUGCACGUAUGGUGGUGUUGCGGUGCGCAGGUGCGUGUGCAACGCGACCUCCUCGAGCGUUGCCUGGGAAACGGCCGACACGUCAGACUGCAAGUACAACCCGGAUCCGGAUGCUGCGCUCAACGCACUGCUCAACCUUGUUGUGACGGAGGACAAUGCUGGCGAGUUGUCUGGGGCUAUGAACGGGGUCACAGCCGACAGCAGCAAGAUCGGGGGCACUACGCUCGACCUCGGCGCUAAAGUUGUCAGCAACAUUGUGGAUGUCCGGACUUCCGAUCAUAAGGUUGGAGAGGGGCUAAUGGGAGCGAUAAGCAACAUUGCAGAGACUAAUCUCUCUGUGCUAGCCGAAGGUAAUCUUCUGACGAACGCCUCUAACAGGAUGCUGGUCUUAGCUGAAGAGUACGGAGCAACAACGCUUCUGUCAGCAGGUGAAACACGUGUCAUCGAGUCUGACAACAUUGCCUCAAAACUGACGGAUAUUAGCCCGGUCGACUUGAAGACUCUCUCGAUUGGCAUAGAGGAUGGCAGUUCUCCACGAGCACGUCGGAACACAGACGGGAAUGCUGCCGCCCAGCCUGCUGCGAAAAUCUCGUUCGAGAAUGUCGAAAACCUGGCAGUGGAGGGGCCCGAGGAGAAUGUCCGCGUGCAGUUCAGUGUGUUCAAGCGCGAAUCUCUGUUCCAUCGCGCUGUCGACACGCAGCCUCGCGAUGCCGCGGCCGCUAAUGGCCGUGAUGCCGUUACUCCACCGAACCUGCAACUCAACACGGCCAUCGUGUCAGCAAAGCUAGGGCAAGGACGGGCAGAGUUUGACGGCACUGUCCGACUUGACUUCCGGCUGAAGAAGAAUGGUACCAAGCCAGUCUGUGUCUUCUGGGACUUUGCUAAGAAUGGGGGCCAGGGUGGAUGGAGUCGUGAAGGGUGUCAUAUGGUUGUCGGAAACGGUACCAACAAUGACACGUUUCCAGGAGAGGCGGUGGUACAGUGUCACUGCUCUCAUCUGACUCACUUUGCUAUGCUGAUGGAUUUGGACCCGACGCGUCAGGCCCAAGGUGCUCACCUUCAAGCGCUCUCCUACAUCACCUACAUCGGCUGUGGCAUAUCCAUGCUGGCACUGCUCAUUGCCAUCGUUCUGCUGCUCAACUUCAAGAAGCUACGUCAGCCAAUGCAGAUGAGGCUGCUGCUACACCUGUGUGUGGCCUGGCUGUUUGCCCUGGCGUCGUUCAUAAUCGGCGGAAGAGUGACGGGCCACCGAGAAGGCUGCAUGACCAUGGCUGUGCUGACCCACUACCUGCUACUAGUCGUCUUUGCAUUCACGUUCGCACAAGCCUACUAUCUCUACAGUAGCUUGGUGCGUGUGUACGGCUCGCUGGUCAAGAAGUUCAUGUGGAAGUGCGUUGCGCUCGGCUGGGGUGUUCCGGCAUUGAUCGUCGGCGUCACCAUGGCAGCAACCGUCAUGGAUGCCUACGAACCGGCCGACUCCGGCAAAGUCGUGUGUUUGAUCAACAUUGCCCAGCACAAAAUUGCUUUCAUCGUGACAUUCUAUGUGCCGAUCGGCUUGGUACUCCUCGCUAAUGUCAUCAUCUUUUUCAUGGUACUGAGAAGGGUUAUCAAACCCAGACCGGGAAUGACACAGCGGGACAUUGAGGAUCACAAGAGAGACUUGAAGCUCUCCGUGUCCCUCGCCCUGCUGCUCGGGCUGACCUGGCUGUUCGGUAUGGCGCUGGUUGGCGAGGUCAAGUUGGUCUUCGAGUACGUCUUCACCAUCCUCAAUGCUUUCCUGGGUCUGUUCGUGGUGGCCAUGCAUUUUGGACUGAGAAAGGAGGUUCACGAGGAGGUCAGCCGAUCUCUGUCGCAGCGCAGUACCAACCGGUCGUUCUUGAGCCGCUCGUCCACGAAGAACAGUGGUGGCAGUGGUGGCAGCAAUGGCAAGUCCCUGACGCAGGACUCACGACACAAGCUGACCUCCACCUCAUCGUCCAACGGCAGUAUGAAGGUGGGACAGAAGUUUGUCGACAGUGAUAUCGCGGUGUCAAGCACCGGACCUGCACAUUCCCAACACGAAGGCAACGGUGUGGUCGACGCGGACACAAAGCGAAGUCCCAGCUCCGGCAAGUCUGUCGAGCCACCCCCAUACUCUGAGAAUGCCCCGCAACAGGACAAAGGCACCGAUGAAAGCCCCGCCGACAACCCAGUUCAGUUCCAAUACGCAGAUGGUGGUAGUAGCCCGGAGUUGAUUGAUGCCGAGAUGGGGGAGAAUCCUAGUUCCCCACAACACGCUGGGCAUCAACAUGACCAGGCCGCUGUUCGGACAUCAAGCAGUGGAGCUACCGGAGUCCAACUUGAAGACGCAGCUCCGAACGAUAUUGAUGUGUAAAAAACGUAAUGGCAUUGCCAUGUGCAACACUUUCCUACCUCUCAGUUCUUGAAUUCUCCUCAUCUGAUCUUUGCAUGAGCACUGAUUGAUUACAUUCCACACAUGGACCUCAAAACGCCUGCUCCUGACACCGCCAUAAUGUAAUAGUUACAGAGAUCACAAGACAUGUCGUCACCAGUUUAUCCGAUUCCUUGAAAAAUUUCCUCCCUUGAUAUUCGAAGUAAAUUUUAGGGUUUUCUCGCUUCCUUGAGACUUUAAUUGCAUCUACGUGUAGUGCUGCUAGGAGUUUUAGAUAAGAUUAGUUUUGGCAACCUACUGUAAAUUAUAA